ACCGUCACCAACUGCAAUGGGAGGAGAGUGGCUCUGGGAAAAGGCGCCGCCAGGGCUCAGGGAAGAUCGACCGGAGAGGAAAGCACAAGGCCAAGAGGGCGGGCAGCGCUCGGGGCCGUCGCUCAAAGUAACUUCGGGGUGCUUUGGGGAGGGAGGGAGUGUCAGCUCCAUGUCGGCUUGUUCAUGGUUAGAUAUAUUGACAAAUAUAUGCUCAUCGUGUCUGCUAUUUUUGUGUAUGUUGGUCCGGGGAGCUUUUCUGACCAGUGUAGGUGUCUGAAAGUGAAUCUGAUACUGUUUGGAGGAUCAAAUAUGCCACAUAAUGCUGUCAUCGUGAGACUAUUAUGAGUUAUUCUCAUACAAUGGAUUAGCGGAGUGAUGAGUGUCAGACACCCUCUGGAGUACCAGAGUGUCUCUGAUGUGGCCCAGCUGGAGAUGACACGGCGCUGGUGUCUGACGGCCGAGUGUGGUGCCGGUGGUGGCGGGGCGUCUAUUUCUGUGCUGGCAGCCGAGCCGCCCGUGUCGCGCCGCGCCGCUCCUCCGCCGGUCUGUCGGCAGUGUCCGCGGACAGGGCUGAGAGCCGAGCCGAGGUGACCUGAGCGGUGACGGCGGUCAGCGGCCGACAUGGGUGACCCGUACCGCCGACCGGACCAGAGCACUGAGAGGCUGCCGACGCCGGCGGCGGCGCGGAAUGCCCUCUAGUGCGGGCGAAGUGUCCCUGUCGCGACUCAGCGCCUACUCACCAGCCACCAUGCCGGUCACAUCGCGGUUCUCCUACUCUUCAACGUCGUCCUACUCGCCGCGGUCGUACGUGCACCGCGCCACGAGUCUGGAGCGCGGCUCGUACUCGCCGCUCUCCUCCAAACACUCGUCUGUGUACUCAUCCUACAGCAGCUCUUCGUCGAGCUCUGCCCCAAGCCGACCGCCGCUGCCGUCUGCGUCCAUCGACUACCGCCGGCGCUAUGACAUCGGCUCGAGAACGACCUCCUCCUCUCGGCGGGAGACGGCUCCGUUUGAUAUGGACUCCCUGGGAAAACUCACAGAGGCCAGGAAGUAUCUCAUGGAGCGCCGCGCCGCAGAGGCCCAGCCGAGCAGUCCAUCUCGACCGCGCUACUCUCGCACUGAGAGCCGAGAGGUGACCGGCCGCUCCACCCUCGACCUACCCAGCCGGUCAGCUCGCGGCUCGAUCGCCGGCUCGACGAGUCACUCUCGACAGGAGAGUGUCGAACGCGUAUCGGAUCGUAUCCUCAACUUUGAGUCUCGCUCCAGCUCUGGGUAUGGCUCGAGCAGCGGGGCAGCCAGCCCGGCGUCGACCCGGCGCCGGUCCGAGCGCGUCGUGCCGAUCGUCCUGGACAGCGACCGACGUCCGUCCACUGAGGUCACCGAGCGGCGGCCGUCCGUCUCUGAGCUGCGCCGGCAGUUCGACGCCGUGGUAGCCGCCACUUCCUCCGCCGCCGCGGGCUCAUCUGCAGCAGUCAGCUCUGACGACGACUCGAGCUCAACGCUCUCCUCCAGCUCCCAGUCCGCUGUUCCGGUGAAGGAGUCGAGAAAGACGACCAGCGCGCCGGCGCCGCCCUCACCACCGCCGUCCCCACCACCGGCACCAGUGGUGACUGCACCAACACCAGCACCAACCCCGGCACCAGCGACACGGGUGGUCGGGGGACGGACCGCCGAGCCGGAGCGACCUGCCUCACCAGUCGCCCAUAAACUCACCAAUGGACUCACCAAUGGGCUCACCAACGGACUCACCAACGGACUCACCAAUGGCCAUCAUAAGGAGCGGCCGAGUGGGGAGAAGGAGGUUAGUUCGGUGUCGAGUCGCCAGUCGUCGCUGCUGUCGGAGCCCGCUCUGCGCCGUCAGAGGACAGAGAGCUCCGACUCCAGCUCAGCCAGCACCUCUCCCGCCGCCGAGAGGCCGACGGAGACCGCCCCCGUCCAGUACGGGCCGCAGGACGGCCUGACCGGCCUGAGGAACAUCGGAAACACGUGUUUUAUGAACUCGGUGCUGCAGUGCCUGAGCAACACCCGCGCUCUGCACGACUACAUCCUGCGAGACGGGUUCGCCUCCGAAGUCAACACCACCACCUCCAGCAUGAAGGGCGCGCUCAUCCAGGCGUUCGCCGACCUGAUGCAGGACCUGUGGAAGAAGUCGGACGAGACGGACAGGGUGGUGACCACGGCGCCGUUCAAGUCGCAGAUCCAGCGGUUCGCGCCGCGCUUCAUGGGCUACCAGCAGCAGGACGCCCAGGAGUUCUUAAGGUACCUUCUAGAGGGGCUGCACGAGGACGUCAACCGUGUCACGUCUCGGCCGAGGCCCAUCACGGAGGAUAUCGACGACAACCUCAGUGACAGUCAGAAGGCGAUGGAGUCCUGGAAACGGUUCAUGAGGUUCGACAACUCCAAAUUCGUCGACCUGUUCGUCGGACAGCUCAAAUCCACUCUUCGGUGUACCGUAUGUGGCCACGCGUCCGUCACCUUCGACCCGUUCUGGGACCUGAGUCUGCCGAUCCCGGCCAAGACGGGCCAGGUGCGCCUGCAGGCCUGCUUCGACCUCUUCACCAAGGAAGAGGUGCUGGACGGCGACGAGAAACCGACUUGCGCCAAAUGUCAGAAGCGGCAGAAGUGCACCAAGAGUUUCGCCAUUCAGAAGUUCCCACGCAUCCUUGUGGUGCAUCUGAAGCGAUUCUCACCCCAGGAGCGGUACCGAGGCAAACUGAACAGCGUGGUCGACUUUCCGCUCUGCGGCCUGGACCUGUCCGCCUACUCGGAGGGGCAGGGCUCCUGCAAGUACAGCCUGUACGGGGUGGCCAACCACUCUGGUACGCUGUACUCAGGCCACUACACGGCCUACUGCCGCCACCCGUACUCGUCCGAGUGGCACGAGUACAACGACAGCAGGAUCCGCACCACCUCGAUGCGCUCAGUGGUCAGCAAGGAGGCUUACGUGCUGUUCUUCGAGCUGGCCGGCUCUCCGGGCCUCUAACCGGCCGACCGGUGCCUCUCCCGCCGCGCCCUCCCUCGCAGUGUCGGCUCGAACUGUGCGUCUUUCAGUCAGGGGCGGCGCGGCGGACGGUGCGCGUGCGUCGACGGUCGAGUGUGUGGGCCGUCGACGGUUGUGUGUGGGCCGUCGAUGCCGAUACGAUGGUGGCGGAGUGGGUGGGAGGUCGUCGAUGAUCGUCAGUCCUCGUCGAUGGGUGGACUGUGGGAUGACGAGGUUGGAGGCGACGCGAUGUUACCUCUUGCCGGUGGCGGAGUGGAUGGGACUAGUGCCGCCGGUGUUAUGAGCGUGUAUUCACAGUGAUAAGAGUGAGUGCGGCGGGUGUCGGUAGCCGCUGUGUCGAUUGGCGGUGAACUGCGGCCGCCGCCCAGUAGGUAGUUUUACUGGCACCGCUGUGUGGCGCCAGUGUCGUAUGAGCUCGUCCCGCGCCCCCUGGGAGCGUUUUGGUCACCAGUGGUUCGAACCGCGGCCGCCAGGUGCCGAGGACUGUCCCAAGUGCGAGGGACGGCAGUGGUUGUGUUUAUCACCCCCAGAUGGCUCCCCAGUCGCUGCUGGUCCCCUGGCGUCCGCCCGCCUGCUGUCUGGUCGGCGAGCGGACCCCUCGGCGGAGCCUGCGGGACCGGGGCGGAGCCCCUCCCGUGAUCUAGUCGACAUUUGUAGUGCAGACCGCGUGCGAGAAUCGUGUGCAUGUCCGUGUGGUGAACACUAUAUUAGUGGCUUCACACCGAGUGCAAAAUAUAUAACCGUCGUGUUUCUACUG